CCGAGCCAACGAGGCUCGGACCUCCCGCCCUAUAUAAGAGCGGCCUCUCUAUCUUCAUCGCUCACGCGUCGCACGUCUCGCUAGCUGGACGACAAAAUCUUCAAUUCAAGAAAGAUAAGGGAGGGAUAGAGAUAUUUUCCUCGGUCUGAAGGAACGCUUGGAGGUGAUUGAAAAAUAUGGCAAUGGUUUCAGGAGGAAGUUCAACAUUGAACCCUAACGCCCCUCUUUUCAUUCCUGCUGCUUUCCGCCUAGUGGAGGAUUUCUCUCCGGAAUGGUGGCAACUGGUCACAACUUCAACAUGGUACCGUGACUAUUGGCUCAGCCAGCAUCAGGGUGAGGAUGGUUUCUAUGACAAUGCCGAGGAUGAUUUUGAUGGCAUCAAUUUAGUGGAUCUACUACCGGAGACAUUUGAAUUUGAUGAUGGGGAAGAUUUUUCGAAUAUGGAAACUCAGUACGAUGUGUAUAUCCCAUCUUUUGAACAGAAAGGCUUUGGAAUGAAUGCCGAGGCACUGGUGAAAAGUCUGAAAUCUUUGGAUGAAAGAGGUCCCAAGUCCCCAGUUCAACGUUCAAAGUAUUCAGAGAAGCCAGCCAAGUACGUGAACCCAAAAUGCAGCCCCCGACGCAUCCAGCAGCCUCGUUGAAAGGGAGCAAGCUUGAUGUGACUUUAGCUUCUUGUAGCUCUUUAUGUAAAAGACCCAAGCAAAUUAAUGUUUCGCAUUUCGCUUUCUGCAGCUUCUGUAUAGAACAAGGUUGCAACUCUUUCAUCCAUCCUUGUUCAUUAUCGUUUCUUUGUACCGUUUACUGUCAGCUUACCAACAAUUCCCUUGGAAUAGAAACUGCGAAAAAGAGUGUAAAAUUGUAACGAAAGAAGAAAAAAAGAGGUUAUGUUUAUCA